AUGGUUGAUGAUCCACCCAUGCAACUUCCUUCUUCACGUCCCCAUACUCCCGCGGACGACAUCACAUACCUCGCCGAGUCAACUGAGCGUCCGUUGACCUCUGAUAGUCCCUCGCCCACCUAUGCGGAUUCGGCCUCGCCACCAUCCUUUACCGAGACUGCAUCCCCAGAUGCUCCUAGUACCCUUCCCGCCGAACCCCGCCGAGGCCUCCGACAUCGUCACCCACCGAAGGUGCUCUUGGACAUUUAUGAUGUCGACCUACCUGGUUCCUCCAAUUCCAUUUCCGUUCGGCACCCUAUUGCAAAUCAUGUCAGGUAUCAUCGCUUGUCCACGCCACAUCGCGCCUUUGUUGCUAGCAUCACUCACCACCCAAAGCCACGUUUCUACCACCAGGCAGUUCGGUUUUUGCAUUGGCGGUUGGCCAUGCAAGCCGAGAUCUCGGCCCUGGUUGCUAAUGGCACUUGGGUUCUUGUUCCUCUUCCACUGGGUAAACGUGCCAUUGACUGCAAAAGGAUUCACUCAAAUCGAAGGAACUGA